AUGGCCGGCUAUGUUACGCGCUGUGCAGAAUCUUUCUUUGGAUUUCUUGUUAGAAUUACAGCAAACUUUCUAGGGGCCGUUUUAUCCCAUCCGUCCGUGGAAACCGCCGUCGCGAAAUGCAUCGUCCGGGGCAUGAACGAUUUCUUGACCCAAGAUGAACUAGAUCGACACGUCAAGACGAUGAGCGCAACGAUGCAGCGGAAUCAGCCUGAGCUCGCGCGAAACGCUGGGCAAGACUUUCCUAAAAUUGUGGGCAGCUUUUUCCAAGGGAUGCUUUCGCCGAGGAAGGAAAAACAGCUACAAGACGAUGUCACUCCACCGCAAGCUGCCAACUCAACAAACAACGCAAACGGAGCGAAUUCGAGUGUUACCGCUGGCACAGUAGCCAAAACGCCACCGUCCACAAGGUCUCACUCUCCCAUGCGCAUAUCCAACCAGGAUGCCAAAGUAUUAGUAUUUCCUCUCAUCCGAAAAGAGGACGUUGCACACAGCAGCCAGGGACGACUAAGACUGCGGCACAACGCGGUUGCCGCAAGCGACACAGCAUCCGUGAGUGAUGAAGAUGACGAUGAUAUAAAAAGUUCGUAG